GAGCAAGCAACAACAAACUUUUCCCGGUAAUUUUAUAUAGCUAGCUAGCUAAAGUUAUUUAGUGUUUUCUCAUAUUUAGGCACCAACACAUUAAAGAACACUUCGACAACCAGUAUAUCCCUUCCCAGCGAGAUACUUGCAUGUUUUAGAUUUCAACAUGUCCUUGAGUGCAGUCCACUCCACGCUGUCUAGUCUGAAAACAUGUCAGCCAGAUAUUGGAACUGGGAUGGACAUUGUGACAGACGUUGCGCUGGAUGUGGCAGAAACAGCAGGAACUGAGAAUGAUGCAGUCCUGAAGAAGCUAGACUUGAUGAUGCUGGAGUGUGCCAAACUGGACCGGGAGAUCAACUGCUUCGUUGAGGUGGUGGACUAUGUCACUGCAGAGGUGAGGAACCAGGAACCUGAGGCCAUGUUCAGACUGAAGUCUUUGGUGAAGGAGAAGUUCACUGAGACACACGGCAGACUGUCUGAAGGAGAACUACAGAACCACGUCAAGCUGGUCAGCUUUAAGGAGAGCGUCAGAAACACACUCAAAACAAUGAACCCUGAGGCAGCAGAGAAUAUGGAGGAGGAGCUGGAUGAGGACAUUGCUGUGACGCAGAGUGAGGUUAACUUCACCUGUCCCCUCACUCAGGUGGAGAUGGUGAACCCAAUGAAGAACAAAAAGUGUAACCACCACUACGACCGGGACGCCAUUAUGGGGAUGAUCAGCGCCAGGCAAAGCCAGAAGAAGAAGUUACGCUGUCCGGUGGUUGGCUGUGGCAACAUGGACGUGAAGCAGGGAGACCUGAUCCUAGAUCAGAUUAUGAAGAGACAGAUCCAGAAGAGGUAGACUGCCAAGACAUGAUUCUGGUCCAGAAGAGGCGGACUACCAAGACAUGAUUCUGGUCCAGAAGAGGCGGACUACCAAGACAUGAUUCUGGUCCAGAAGAGGCGGACUACCAAGACAUGAUUCUGGUCCAGAAGAGGCAGACUACCAAGACAUGAUUCUGGUCCAGAAGAGGUAGACUACCAAGACAUGAUUCUGGGGAACGCCACUCAUCAAUCCUGACAAUAAGAAUUCCACUUUAAUUUAAUUUAAACGUGACUUUUUGUUGUUGUGACCAAAUGUCUUGCUGCUCUGUGUGGUGUCAUUUGUUCAUCAAAGAAUUGCACUAUUCAGAAGUUUUAUAAAACAUCUCUUUGUUUAUACAUAAGGGAUUCAUCUUUUUCAGUCAGUUCAAUAAAAGUUUUGAUACAAUUUACCUAUCAAUAAAGUCAUUGGAUGCACUUCAGAGAACAGCAUCAACCUAUGCCUUUGGUGUUGAGAACCUGCAGUUGCUGUAAUAGACCACUGGGGGGCAGUGUCAUCCCUGGAAUACACCGCAAAGGGCUCAGGAGAGGUGACUCAGGUCGUGAGGAGAGAAGCUGGAUAAUCAUAACUUAUUAUGAGAGAGUUGGGCUGAAUGAAUUAGAGAAUGAGGGGUUUCCUAAAUACUUACAAACGAUAGAUCAUGUCUGUAACAUUCAAAGUGAAAAGAUUAUUGAAUCAAGGAUGUGGAAAUACUAAAAUAUCUGUUCCAUCCUAAAAUUAGACCAUUUCAUUGUGUGAAAUCUGUGAAUCAAUUCAGUUGAGUGAUUAAAUCUGUCUCCUCCUGCCUGUC